GUCCUUUUGGCUCCCUUCCCCGCCGCCUCGCCGCCUACUGCCGGAGCGCCGGUGGGGCUGCCGUUUCGUUCCUCCCGCCUCGGCGGCCCUCUUUCGCCGCCAUGGUGCUCGACUUGGACCUUUUCCGCGCCGACAAAGGCGGCGACCCCGAGCUGGUGCGAGAGACGCAGCUGAAGCGCUUCAAGGACCCGGCUCUCGUGGACGCGCUGGUGGCCGCCGACGGGGCCUGGCGGAGAUGCAGAUUCCAGGCAGAUAACCUGAACAAACUGAAGAACUUGUGCAGCAAAACCAUAGGAGAAAAAAUGAAGAAGAAAGAACCUGUGGGUAAUAGUGACCAGAUACCAGAUAAUGCACAAAACCUUGAUGAACUCACUGUAGACAUCUUAACAAGCCUUCAAGUAAGCCAAAUCAAGAACAUCCGUCUCCUGAUUCAUGAAGCAAUCCUGAAAUGUGAUGAAGAACGCUUGAAACUGGAAGCAGAGCGCUUUGAAAACCUCCGAGAAAUUGGAAAUCUUCUUCACCCCUCUGUGCCAAUCAGCAAUGAUGAGGAUGCAGAUAACAAAGAAGAGAGAGUAUGGGGAGACUGUACUGUAAGGAAGAAGUACUCUCAUGUGGACCUGGUUGUCAUGGUGGAUGGCUAUGAGGGAGAAAAAGGAGCUGUUGUAGCUGGAAGCAGAGGCUACUUCCUUAAGGGACCAUUGGUUUUUCUAGAGCAAGCCCUCAUUCAGUAUGCCCUGCAGACAUUGCUUAUCAAGGGAUACACCCCUGUUUAUACCCCCUUCUUCAUGAGAAAAGAAGUGAUGCAGGAAGUGGCCCAGCUAAGUCAGUUUGAUGAAGAACUCUACAAGGUCCUGGGAAAAGGCAGUGAGAAGAGUGAUGAUAAUACCAUUGAUGAAAAGUAUCUGAUUGCUACAUCUGAACAGCCAAUUGCAGCGUUGCACAGGGAUGAAUGGCUGAAGCCAGAAGAUCUGCCCAUCAAAUACGCUGGGCUGUCUACUUGUUUCCGCCAGGAAGUUGGCUCUCAUGGUCGUGAUACCAGAGGCAUUUUCCGGGUGCAUCAGUUUGAAAAGAUUGAGCAGUUUGUCUACGCAUCACCUCAUGAUAAUAAAUCUUGGGAGAUGUUUGACGAGAUGAUUUCCACUGCUGAAGAGUUCUAUCAGUCUCUGGGCAUCCCUUAUCACAUUGUGAAUAUUGUCUCAGGUUCCUUAAAUCAUGCUGCCAGUAAGAAACUGGAUCUGGAGGCAUGGUUCCCAGGUUCUGGAGCUUUCCGUGAGCUUGUGUCUUGUUCAAACUGCACCGACUACCAGGCACGUCGGUUACGGAUCCGCUAUGGCCAGACCAAAAAGAUGAUGGAUAAAGUGGAAUUUGUACAUAUGCUUAAUGCCACCAUGUGUGCUACAACACGCACUAUAUGUGCUAUCCUGGAGAAUUGCCAGACAGAGGAAGGAAUCGUUAUACCAGACAAAUUAAAGGACUUCAUGCCACCAGGUCUGAAGGAAAUGAUAAAAUUUGUGAAACCUGCACCUAUCGACCAAGAACUUUCUAAGAAGCAAAAGAAGCAGCACGAAGGAGGCAAAAAGAAAUCAGCUGGUGGAGACUGUGCUCUAGAAGGGAAGAUGCAGAGCAUGGACGUGAACAGUCCCUGACAGAACUUGAGCUGCCCUCACUGAGUUGCACUAUGGAGUUCUUAAAGCUGAGGUGGGGGGGCGGGGUUCUUUGGAUUAGUUGCUGCUUUUUGUCUCAUCUUUCCUAUGCCAUGAACAUGUUACUUCUUCUGUCUCAGCUUUUACCCUCCAGCACAGGAAGAUGAUACUUCUCACAGUGACUGUAAGUGCAUUUGCCUGCCCUGUGAAAGUGGAAAGCAGUACAGAAGCUGUUGAUUUCCCCACCCCCACCCCCACCCCAUUUUAAAUUAUAUUAAUUAUUUGUGAGAUGAAAUUCUGUCCAAGCCCAGAGCUGCAAAUUCAAGCAGAGGGAACAAAAUGCUGUAUAAUGUUCAUUUGCUUUUAAAAAUCUGCAUAUUGAAACCAGGGGUAAAGGCAGAUAUCAAAAGGGGAAAUAAAUAUAGGCACGGGUGUAAUUUUACCAUCAUGAUUUUUGAAGCAUCAUAGGAUUUUCUCUGAUUUGGAGGAACUCAGUGAAUAAAGCAAAGAUUUAAGAAA